AUGGCUUUACCUAACCAACAAAACGUCGAUUUACCAACCUUCAAACUUCUCAUUGUUGGUGAUGGAGGCACUGGAAAAACCACCUUUCUCAAGAGACAUCUGACUGGGGAAUUUGAGCAUAAUACUGAACCUACUCUUGGUGUGGAUAUUUAUCCUUUAGAUUUCUUCACUAACCGCGGCAAGAUCCGUUUCGAAUGCUGGGAUACUGCUGGACAAGAGAAAUAUAGUGGUCUCAAGGAUGCAUACUACAUCCAUGGUCAAUGUGCGAUAAUUAUGUUUGAUGUCACAGCACGGCACACAUACAUGAACAUUGAUAGAUGGUACCGUGAUCUCCGCAGGGUGUGCAAGAACAUUCCGAUUGUUCUGUGUGGUAACAAAGUUGAUGUGCCGAGUAGACAAAUCAAGCCGAAGCACGUAUCGUACCACAGGAAGAAGUGUCUGCAGUACUAUGAGAUGUCUGCGAAGAACAAUUGCAAUUUUGAGAAACCCUUUUUGUAUCUUGCUAGAAGAAUUGCUGGAGACGCAAAACUUUCCUUUGUGGAGUCACCAGAAGCUCAAAUUGAUAACCUUGAUGUUGAGUCUCUGCAAUUAUUAACUGUAGAGGCGGGAACUCAGCCACUCCUAAUGACGAGGAUAUCAUUUGAAUUUAAUACCUUAUCGAUUGAGUAA